AUUAAUAUAAUAUUGUCUCCUCUCUCCUCUCACCCCAAAAUCUUAGGCUCAUCGAAUUUCGAACCAUCAUUUGGUCGCAAAAGCUAAAACCUUCUUUUCCGUUCUUAUCAUCUUUGCCGAAUUCGCCAAUAAGAAGAAAAAACAAAGGAGGGCACCCAGAACGAAUCGAAUCGGAAAGUUUCAAAUCUUCGUGAUUUCAUUUUCAAAUUGAUGGGCGAAAUCGAAGAAAUUGGAGCUGAUGUCUGUUCGGAUAUAGAAGUUGAUGAUAUUAGAUGCCCCAAUAUAGCAGAGAAAGAUGUCAGCGAUGAAGAGAUUGAAGCAGAAGAAUUGGAGCGGCGGAUGUGGAAGGAUCGAAUCAAACUCAAAAGGCUGAAGGAAAAACAGAAGUUAGAAGCGCAGCAAGCUGCAGAAAAGCAAAAGCCAAGGCAGUCCAGUGAUCAAGCUCGUAGGAAGAAAAUGUCUAGAGCACAAGAUGGGAUUCUUAAGUAUAUGCUGAAGCUCAUGGAAGUCUGCAAAGCUCGUGGAUUUGUGUAUGGUAUCAUUCCUGAGAAGGGAAAGCCAGUUAGUGGUUCCUCUGAUAACAUUAGAGCAUGGUGGAAGGAGAAAGUCAGGUUUGAUAAGAAUGGUCCUGCAGCCAUAGCCAAGUAUGAAGCUGACUGUCUUGCUAUGAGUGAGGCCGAUAACAGCCGAAACGGUAACUCGCAGAGCAUCCUCCAAGACCUGCAAGAUGCAACGCUUGGAUCACUCUUAUCUUCUUUGAUGCAACAUUGUGAUCCUCCUCAGAGGAAGUAUCCAUUGGAAAAGGGUAUACCCCCACCUUGGUGGCCAACUGGGAAUGAAGAUUGGUGGUCACAGUUGAAUUUACCUCAUGGUCAGAGCCCUCCUUAUAAAAAGCCCCAUGAUUUGAAGAAGAUGUGGAAAGUGGGAGUGCUUACUGCUGUUAUAAAGCACAUGUCACCUAAUAUUGCGAAGAUAAGGAGGCAUGUCCGCCAGUCAAAAUGCUUGCAGGACAAGAUGACAGCAAAGGAAAGUGCAAUUUGGUUGGGGGUAUUAAGUCGAGAAGAAGCUCUCAUUAGGCAGCCUAGUAGUGAUAAUGGUACAUCUGGAAUAACUGGAGUGCCACCUGGUGUUCCUGUUGAGAAUAAGCAAGCAGCUACUAGUAGUGCUAGCAACUAUGAUGUUGAUGGUACUGAUGAUGGCAUUGGUUCUGUUUCUUCCAAAGAAAAUAGGAGAAAUCAUUUUAUGGUUACGGAACCAUCAGAUAACUUGCGCAGGGGUAGGAAACCUGUCCAAGAUACAGAUCAAUCUGAGAAGCAACCCAGGCCCAAAAAGCCACGAAGGGCCAAUGACAAACCACCAGCACAAGCUGACAAUGAAAUUUUACAUGUUGAGCCAAGAAGCAAAGGGAUCAAUAUAAACCAGACAGAAGCACAAGUAGUUGGAGUCCAGAUUCAUGGAAAUGAACAAAGUAAUGAGACAGAUUCUGCUGCAAGGCCACUGGAAAGAGGACUUGAGGUGCCUGCACAAUUACCAGUACCUGAGGUUGAUCAGUACUCUUAUUUACAUACAAACAACUUAGUUUCCUCAGAAAGCAUGUAUAUGAGUGGAAAACCAAUGCACUAUCCUGAGUUGCAAAACCCUGACAUGCAUCAUGAGACCACUUAUAAUCUUUAUAAUCCAGCAGCAGGAUAUGAGCCUGGUCAGGAUGGGCAGCAGCUACAUUCUGCAAACAAUGAAGCAGUUAGGCUAGAGAAUGAUGCAGUUUCUUUACAAGGAGUACAUAUGAAAGGGGAUGGAAUUAAUGGAGGAGACUUGCAAUAUUUUGGUAAAGAUGCAUUUCAAAAUGAGCUUGAUAGACCUAUGGAUCACUCCUUCUUUGGAUCACCCCUUAGCAUGUCAUUAGAUUUUGGAGCACUCGGCAGUCCGUUCCAUUUAGAUGAUUUCGUGUGUGAGGAUGAAAUGAUACAGUACUUUGGAGCAUAAAUUAUUGAAACUGCUAGCUCAGCAGAGAUCGUUAGUGCUAUUUUUAUUAUUAUUCUCUCCAAUAAUGCUGUGAAUCAUAAUAUGUGUCUUUAUCCAUGACUUCUCUAUUGGGUUUUGAUUUGUCCUUUUCCAGGAACUACAAAAAUUCCAGCACCUGUUGCUUAUCUGGGUUAAGGUUCCCAGAUUGGUGUUAGUGUUUAUGGGGUUUGAGAUUGAAAGAUAUAAUAUUAACAACGUUAACAAGUCAUAAGCACAGGACCAGAAGAACUGAAGCAUGAAUUCCGUUUUAUUGAUUACCCCAUUUCCAUAUCAAUAAAUAUGUUUUGGGGUUGUAUGUAAACCUAUCAAUUGUUGGAUUCACAGAACUGCACAUAUGAAUGUUUAGCUAAAAUUUUUGGAAUAGGGUUGCCUCCAAAUUCUUAAUAAAUUAUCAUUGUUUCCAUGCUC